CAGUAGGUGGCGCCGUUGAGCAGAGCAGCCACCUGUGACGUAGAAUGCUACUAGAAACCAACGAGAGAAGAAGAACAACAAAAGCAGCUACAGCUUUUCAGGGUGGUAACACAUCAUCCUCUCCUGCUUCUGGGUUUACAUUUGGUCUCAUUUAAAAAAAAAUGUAACUGGAACCAAAGAGAGUUUUGCGGUCUGAAGGCUUGUGUGAAAUAGUAGCUUGUCAGAAGCAACGCUUUAUUGUUUUCAGACCCUGUUUGUGAAUUCGGCAGCUAAGCUAGCUCUGAGGUUAGCUCCUCUUCAACUGGCUCGUCAACGUCUGACAGACAGUCUAACGGAGAUAAUCAGCCAGUGUUUACCGUCCAAGUUAACCCGACACCUCUCCCUCAGCCUGCCCGCUGCUAAUCUUCAGGUAAAUCAGUGUAGACAUGGGAAGUCUGAGCAGUAGGUUCCAGUCCCCCUCUCAGGGAUCAGAGGAGGCUGCAGAGGGCACAAGUACCAGCCACAAGCAUGGAUGUGAGUGUAAGAAAAGGAAACGAAAUGCCCAGUGUGACUGUGACAGUGAACAAGAGGAGGACGAUGCCAUACUCGAUACACCUCGCAGCAGGAAGAAAUUGAAAAGCACAUCCCGAUACAUUUAUCAGACAUUGUUCCUGAAUGGAGAAAACAGUGACAUUCGCAUCUGUGCUCUGGGACAGGAGUGGAACCUCCACAAAGUGUACCUGUGCCAGUCAGGGUAUUUUUCCAGCAUGUUCAGCGGUGCUUGGAAGGAGUCUAACAUGAUGGAAAUCAAUUUGGAGAUCCCCGACCAGAACAUCGACACCGAAGCUUUUCAAGUCGUAUUUGGAUCCUUGUACCGGGAUGAUGUUCUGAUCAAGCCCAGCAGAGUUGUCAGUAUUCUUGCAGCUGCUUGUAUGCUACAGCUGGAUGGCUUGAUCCAGCAGUGUGGAGAGACCAUGAAGGAAAACAUCAGUGCGAAGACUGUGUGUGGCUACUACGCUUGUGCCAGCAACUAUGGCUUGGAUUUAGUCAUGAAAAAGUGUCUUGAGUGGCUUCUGAACAACCUGAUGACCCACCAAAAUGUCGACCUGAUGAAAGAACUUGGGGCAGAGGUGAUGGAGCAGCUCAUCCAGUCCUCGGACCUGUUUGUCAUGCAGGUGGAGAUGGAUGUGUACACUGCUCUGAAAAAGUGGAUGUUUCUGCAGCUCAAUCCAUCAUGGGACGGCCCAAUCAAGCAGCUUCUGGCUGACGCUGAUGCCUGGCUUUGCAAACGCAGGACAGACCUGUGUGAGCAAGAGCCCUUCUUUAACACAGAGGAGGGGGAACCUUUUUGUUCUGUGUUCAAAUACGUUCGUCUCCAGUACAUCAUCAACGAUCUCGCAUCUGCGCGCAUCCUGGAGAGAGAUAAUAUUUUUCCCCCUGAUUGGUUAACGUCGGUGUACAAAAACCAGUGGUUCGCUAUGCUCCGGACAGAGUUUGACAAUGAUAAUGGUCCCCAGGAAGCUAACAAAGAUGAGUUUGAGCUGAGCAGUAUGAGGUGCGGCAGGAAACUGACUAAAGAUGGAGAUUACUGCUGGCGGUGGACAGGCUUUAACUUUGGUUUUGACCUGCUGGUGACAUACACAAACCGUUUCAUAGUCUUCAAAAGAAAUACUUUGAGUCAGCCAUGUGGGGGCGCUGUGAGUCUGCAACCUCGAAGGCAUCUGGCAUUCAGGUUACGCCUUGCCUCUUUUGAUAGCCGUGGAAAGUUGGUCUGCAGUCGCUCAACAGGUUACCAGCUUCUCACCCUUGAGAAAGACCAGGAGUAUGUGGUGAUGAACCUGGACAGCCGGUUGUUGACGUUCCCCCUCUAUGUAUGCUGUAACUUCCUGUAUACGUCGCCUCACUUGGACCAUCGGUCAGAUUCCUCAGAACAAGAAAGCACUGCACGCAGCGUGUCUUGAUGCCCGUUCAGCGGCCAUUAACUGUUCCUCUGGGAACGCUGAGACACUGACACAAGCUUGUACGUACAAUCCACCGCCACUUUUGACAUCACUUUGACAUUGGACAUACCAUCUGCAUGCUUAUGUAACACAGUGAGGUGUUUGGGGAAAAGGUUUUGUAUCUGUGUAUUCAGUGUUUUGGCACAUUUUAAGAGUCAGCUCCACAUACAUGGGGUUUCCAGGGGAACACAGACAGUGGCCAGGAGGUAUUAAGCCACUUUUCUAUUCAGAGCAGCUACAAACUUUGGACCUCUGCCAUGAACUGUCUGCACUGGGAUGUUGGUCGUUUCUCAAGAUGGAAAAUCCCCAAGUCCCGUAUAUUAAUGGAACCUCUAUUAAUUUAUCGGUGUGUAUGGGGGCAUUGUCAUCCUGGAAUAGGGUAACAUCAUAAGGGUGAAACUGGACUUUUACUGACUUGUAUGGGAAGUUUCAAGCCUGUUGCUCAUUCUGACCGACUGUGGGAUGUGGUCAGAUACACAUACCACCUCAACUGCAUUAAGUGGCUUUCCCUGCCCUCGCUGCUAUGUGAAAAGUUGCACGCUCAAGUGGAGCACAGUUGAUGACUACACUUUUUUGAAUUGUGAAAACUGACUGAUAGAUGCAGUUAAGCAGGAGUUUCAGCCUGUGUUUUAUCACUCUUUAACCCCUGGAAGUCCAUCCCACAUAGUCUAAAGUGUGACAUCUCUCUGCUGUUAAUUCAAUUUAAUUACAGUUGAAUUCAAUAUGAUUUAUUGGCAUGAAUGUAACAGAUAAUAUUGCCAAAGGAUAAAGUAACAAUUCUACACCAGGGCAGCUUCUGUUAAGACUUUCAAAUGAUAAAGUCCACCACCUCUUCUGUAACAUGGAGUAUGGCGAUCACCACUCCCAGAUUAUACCCCAUAUCUUUGUACAUUGUAAAUAACAUUUGCUAUAAUAUUCAUGAUAAAACAAUAUUAUAGAACAACAUUGCAUUCAAGUUAUAAAAGUAAAGUCUCAAAGCCCAAGUAACCCUGCUGAUGUUACAUACGUACACCUACAACGUGAGGAAAAUCAAUACAUAACCCUAUAAUCUUUUUGUGCGUUAGCCUCAUUUACACAGUUUGCACUUGGAUGUCCGAUCACUGACGUUGACUUUCUGAUGUUUACAGCGUUGAAACUCACGGACAUGUUGACAGACCUCAGAUUUUGAGGCUUUUAUCAGUGUUAACCAGCUACACUGUCAAAUGUCUAUUUGCUAGAGUUACUGGAGUCCACUGUUCCUCUUUUGCAGUGCAGUUUCUCCCUGUUUGACACAUUGAGGCAGGCUAUUUGCUCUCAUCACCAUAUAAAAUACUUUUGCAGUUACGUUGUUGUACAUGUCUGUACUGUUGAUUAGGUCAAUAUUUGUUUGGCAAUUUUGAAAAUCUGUUACCUCAUGCUGUUUUUGAAAACCUGUAAAGCGGACAUGUACUGCUAAUUUAUUGUAGUUAUCCUGAUUCGCCCGUAUAGCUGUAACUGUCAUGAAGUUCAGUUUAAAAUGUUUUUGUUUGGUUUUUAUUUAUUUUUUACUUCAUUUGUACGAAUUUAUUUUUGCAAAAGAAAAUAUGUAUACAAUUUUUUCGACAGCCAAUAAAACGGCCCAUUCCCCCGUGGGCUGUGGUGCUAUCGCAUGUUUUCUCUCUUUUUCCAAUGUAGGUCUUUAAUACAGCUGCACAGUUAUUCACACAUUUAUGCUUCUGUAGAUAUUACAAGAAGCCCGAUUUCCUGCUUAGUGAUGUUCAUUGGGACACAGUUACAUAUUUGACCGAGCUGUCCUAGCAAUUUUAUUGUAUUUAUCACUUUGUGAUGACUAAUCCUUUUAUUGUAUACAUCAGAUGAUCACUGGAAAACAUCAAUAACCAGGCCUACACAACAUAUUCUCUGCAUGGUCCAGAUUCAGGUUCUCAGGUUGGAUUGAAACUAGCAGAUCUUUGUCUCAGCACUAAUAAAAAAAAAAAAUACUUAGUCAAACAUACUGGCGGUUUGAAAAUGACAUACAUAAGAAGCUGUGAGAAACCCCACUGUAUUUAGUGUGGUGUCACAACUUUCAUUAAGGCGCCAGCCUCUUAGUCACUUGUUCUACAUUUAUGAUGUAAAGGACCUAAAACAAUUUAGUCUUGGGUUCUGCCAGAGAUUAACAAACCAUUAUCAAGUCUUUUUAAUGUUAUCAGAAAUGAUGCCAUGGUUUCAAUAUCAUUACAUUUUCUAUAUGAACAUAGACAAUAUAUUAGAUUUGGACCAAAUAAAUGGGUUGUGGGAUUUACAUCAUAUCUACAGUGUGUUUACGGCUUCUUGUAUUUGUUAAUGUACAAUGUUCUCCUGCAGUUACUUUCAGUGUUGCCUUUCUUGUACCAUUUGUAUAUAAUUGAGACAUUAAAAUGUUUACAAAAAG